CUGAUGUCCGAUAACUCCGAUUAUUCAUUGGAAGACACAAAUAGUACUUAUGGAAGAAAACAUGAAAAGAAAACUAGAAAGAACUUUUAUGUGUCAGAUCUUGUAAUCAAUGGACAAGAAGACGAAGAAAAUAACUUCACCUCUGAAGUCAACGAACUUAAGAAAGAUAAUAACAAAAAUAUUGAACUCGUUGUAUCAAAGAAAGAUCUUUUAUAUUACAUUGACGAUGACAAGUUACCUUGGCAGAAAAAUGACGAUUUACGAGCAGAAUCGACGGCAAAAUACAAGCUGUUAAAGGCAAAACAUCAAUACCGGCGAUCUGGUCAAGCACGACUUAUUCAAGAAGAAGACAAGGAAGGGGUAGCCAUAGUUAAUCUUGAUAAGGGACCUUUCCCUCAACUAAGACUUCCUAACUCAAGAAGACAAUACAUGCACGACCAUGGUGAAGUUAUGACCGAGGAAGAAGAAGUUCCCCCACCUGUCGUGAAUACAAGUGAUCCCGAAGCGGCUGCAGACGAAUUCGGAAAUGCAACAGUAACAGAAAUCACUGAUACAGUAGCAACAAACACUAACUAAUAAUUCGGCUCAU